AUGGACGCUAGACGUGUAGAAAUUGUUUCCGCGGACGAGCUUAGUGAAAGUGACACAUUGGAAAACAUGUCCGACAGUCAAAUGAAUAUUGAACUUAAUAGUGAGGAUGUUCAAGACAUAAUUUUACCGGAUCGACUCAGACAACAACCCCUAUAUUUAAACAGAUAUACAGGCGAAUGGAGAGUGAGUACUACGCGACAAAAUGCGACAUUGACAACGUCAACUUCAGGACCAGACAUCAAUCAGACACAAAAAAAUGACGAAACUAAGACACAGGACUCUGACAUGCUCAACCAAAUUCUGAAGUUACUUGGUGACCAAAAAAGAAAAUUUGAUGCUUUAGACAACCAUUUAAAACGUGACAUUGGGAAAUUUGACACUACAUUCGAUGAACUGAUAUGGGACAUAAAACAAAAUUUUGAAAAACAAUCGAGACAAAUUGCCGACUUGACAGAAACCACCAGUAGUCUUGGAAGGAAAUUUGCUGACUUAUCAGACAAGGCUACGAGGCAAGAAAAGGUAUUUAUGGGAUUCAGUGAUGAGACAAAAACUGACUUACAACGAUCCACACAAUUCCAUAAAAACAAACCAAGAACACUUAGACCUGACAAUUACAGACCUUUCAUACAAUUAAAUGAUGUAACAUUUGAGCAGAAAUUCUUACAGGAAAAGUUAGAAAAACUUGAAGACAGAGCAGAUGUAGCAUCUUUAAAGAAUGACACAACUCUAGCAGAGAAACUUGUACAUGAAUGCAAAUUAUAUGAUGAUUAUUUAGAUGAGAAGUUUGAGACAAUGACACAGAUCAUUUUAGAUAAGACAAAGGAACCAGUAAAGGGAGAAACAGAUAAUAUUCAGAAAGAGGUACGUAAACUUAAAGAAAAUGUAAUACCAAGUUUGUCAGUGAUACCAAAACCCUUAACAGGCAACCAAAAUUCAAAUGAGAAUCCGAAUAAUGCUAGACCCAGCACACGCCCGAAAACAGGAUUACCAAUGAGUGAUACAAAUCCCAAUGAACCAUUUUCAAUGCUACCACAAGAUCAAAAUUACUAUCAGACAUCACCACAUACUAUGCACAGUUUGACACAAAAUGCAGGACCCGUAAUACCAGAUGAGAUCAGGAAUUUCAAUCAAUUGUAUCCGAUCCAUCCAAGAAAUUCGAGUACGCACAACAACAGAAAUAACAGAGGCUAUUGGAAUCCGCCUCCGACACCACAACAAAACUCUCAAAGAAACAAUUCGCACUACACUGGGACAAAUCCAUUCAAUAUUAGGAGAAACAACUCGCAGCAUUGGCAGGGGAAUGGUAAUUAUUACUAUAAUGGUUAUCCGAACAGUAAUUACAAUCAGAACAAUAACAGUUAUAUUCAAAAUAACAAAAACAGAACAAGGAACCGAAAUCAUAGAGAUCAAAGAAGAGAGGAUAACAGGUACCAUCCAGGAUAUUUUCAGAGAAACAACACACAACAACAUCCAAACAUGUAUUGCAGGAAGAACAGUAAUGACAAUACCAGUUACAGUCAUGGGCGAAAUAAUGUAUGGGGAAAUCACAAUGGACCACCACCACGACACGUGCAGUACAGCAACCAUCAAUUCCUACCUAAUGGAACUCCCAAUGCGACGCGAGUUAAUGUCAACAACCAAACAGUUGAUACUUGGGUGACACGUGACAGAAAUGUAAAUAUUAUUGAGUUGAGCAAUGACCCCAACCCGCAGCAACAACCCAAUUUGCUGGAAAACGAACGACAACCGAGCUAA